UUACAUGAAUUUGAUAUUAUUUUGUUCUUUCAUGCUGAAGUAAUUUUAAAAUUCAUCUGUUUAUUUGGAUAAAUUCAAAGAGUUGCACGAUUGUUGUGGCAACACUGCCUCAGAGCGCCAUUCGCCAUUUGCUACUCGUUAUCAUGGCGGCAAUGGGUUGAAUUGUACCCAACAGACAAGAGCAUUGCCAGAGAAACAGAAAAACGAAACCAGUGACUCAAGUGGCACUCAAUCCGACCGCCAUCUCGCAACAAUGACUGAGAACGAGGAGAUGUUCAAAGGUGAGGAGGGCGAGGGCAGCGACAUGUUUGAGGAGGAGGACGAAGAGCUGGGCGGCCUCGAGGAGUCUAGUCCCACGGAGCACACUUGCCCCAAGUGCAGUGAGCGCCUCUGUGACCCGCGCGUCCUCUCCUGCCUCCACGUCUUCUGCUCCAAGUGUCUUGAGGGGCUGGUUGGCGAGGGCGCCACCCUCGAGUGCCCCAAGUGCCAAAUGCACACGCCUCUUGGCUCUGCUGGCGUCAAAGCGCUGCCUGCCGACCACGUCCUGGCAAACCUGAUGGACGUGGCCGCCAUCACGGCCCAGACUGCUGUUUGCACCAGUUGCAAGUCCAACGAGAAGGCCGUCGCCCGAUGCGCCGACUGCGCCAACUUCCUCUGCCCCAACUGCAACAGCGCCCACCAGCUUAUGAGAUGCUUCGAAGGUCAUCGUGUGGAGUCAUUUGAGGAGCUUACCAAAUCAGACAAGAAGGUGCCAAUACAUAAGCCUAUUCUUUGUGCUGUGCACCCCUCUGAAAGCCUCAAAUUCUUCUGCUACACCUGCCAGGUGCCAAUUUGCAACGAGUGCAUUCUGGUGAAUCAUUCUCUGCCAGAGCAUCACUUUGAAAGGCUUGCUGACGCAGAGGGCGUGCAGCGCAAAGAACUCCAGGAUCUGGUCACCAAGAGCAAGGAAAACAUCUCCAAGUGUGAGGAAACAUCUGCCCUCCUCAGCAAUGCACUCUCAGAGCUUGAGAAUCAAAGAGAAAAUGCCAAAUCUCUCAUAGAAGAGACCUUCCAGAGUUACAAGGCUCUGCUGGAAAAGUGCAUGGAAAAAGCACUGGAUGAUCUGGGACAGCUGCACUCUGAGCAGGAGCUUCGCAUAAUGGAGGGUAUUUACGGACUUGAAAAGUUCCAAGAUCACGCCGAGGAAGCUUGUAAAUUCACAGAGCGUCUGCUUGAAAAUGGAAAUGCUGCCGAGACUCUGUCUCUGAAGAAACUCAUUGGAGACCGGCUGCAGUCACUUGCCGAGAAAACACCUAAGCCAAAUGUUGAAGUUGACUUGAAAUUCGAAACUGACUACAACAAGUUUGAAGAAGCUUUAAAAGCUACUUUUGGCCAGUUCAAGUCUAUGAAGAAGGAAAAGAAAGUCGAAGAACCAAAGGCUGAGGCGAAAGAGGAGCCCGAACAGGCCGUCCUCGGACCUAUCAAGGUUGAUGUCGAGGAAAGUCCCUCUUCGCUGCCCAUCUCGAUGCAGUCCUCCUUUGGCAGUGACUUUGUUCCUUUGCCUACCAGCACUAUCGCAUCGCCGGCGUCUACGGGGGGCCCACUGUCCCCUCCGCAAGGGCUGAGCAACUUUUCAACCAUCCAGGAGUACAACAUCGCGCAGCUUGCCAACUUGGCUACUGGUCCUGCUUCGCGUAACUCAAACCCGUCUCCAACCAAUCCCUUCACUCUGUCAGAACUGCUGGCCGAUCCAAAUCCCAUGAGUCACGCUUACAACAAUCUGCAGGCUCUUGCCAAGCUUGGAGGAAUAUCUCUUGAUAACCAUGAUCUCAACAAUGGCCAUAUGAAUGGGUCCACCAAUGGUGGGGGCUUUGGCAGGCCUCAAGUUACUUCACCUAACCUGGACGCUUCUCUGCUAAGCAAUGCUGUAUCCGCUCUUAACCUGAACGGUGGAGGCGGUGGAUUCCACUCAUCGUCAACCUCCCCCCUGCAAGAUGAUCUGGAGCUGAUUGGAAACGGGAACAACUCAAUGUCUGCCUUCUCUCAGCAAGUGCGCAGCACCGGCUCAAGCAAAACCACUCCGAUGCAAAUCCGCUGCAAGUUUGGUCAGCUCGGUCCCAAUAAGGGCCAAUUUAACUCGCCCCACGGCUUUUGCCUGGGAAAUGAUGAAGACAUAGUGGUUGCCGAUACCAACAACCACCGCAUCCAGGUAUUCGACAAAACUGGCAACUUCAAGUUCCAGUUUGGAAUACCAGGCAAGGAGGAGGGUCAGUUGUGGUACCCCCGAAAGGUUGCAGUCAUGCGCAACUCUGGCAAGUUCGUCGUUUGCGACCGUGGCAAUGAGCGCUCACGCAUGCAAAUUUUCACCAAAAACGGACACUUCAUCAAGAAAAUUGCCAUAAGGUACAUUGACAUUGUGGCCGGUCUUGCUGUCAACUCCACUGGGCAAAUCGUGGCCGUGGACAGUGUAUCCCCCACAGUGUUUGUCAUUGCUGAGUCAGGCGACCUCCUGCGCUGGUUUGACUGCAGUGACUACAUGAGGGAGCCGUCUGACAUAGCGAUCAGUGGCAAGGAGUUCUUUGUGUGCGACUUCAAGGGCCACUGCGUUGUGGUGUUCAACGAAGAUGGCCAGUUUGUGCGUCGCAUCGGAAACGAGAGCUACACCAACUUCCCUAAUGGAAUCGACAUAUCAGAUGCUGGAGAUGUGCUGGUCGGCGACUCCCAUGGAAAUCGUUUCCACGUUGCUGUUUUCACUCGUGAGGGCUCUUUGCUCUCUGAGUUCGAGUGUCCUUAUGUCAAGGUGUCACGUUGCUGCGGAUUGAAGAUAACAUCGGAAGGCUACGUUGUCACCCUUGCGAAGAACAAUCACCAUGUCUUGGUGCUGAACACGCUGUACAUCGUGUGAGUCAGCGGUGGCAGCAGAAAAUCAAGGUUAGGCCCACUUCAACUGAUCUCUUGUGAAAAAGUGAGCCUACCCCAACCAGAGGUAGAGCUUAAGUUGCAUUUAGCAGAGAAUAUUAAUUAUUUACAUCACAGAAGUAUUGGCACACAUGUUCCUAUUUGAGUGCGAGAGUGAUGAGUACAGCAAAAAGAAGGAAAAGAUGUUAAACUCAGGUUCUCUCUCUAAAAGUUAGAGUGUUUUGUGCGAGCGAUGAAUUAAUUGUCACUACACACUAUGCGUUAUUAUUCAGUGGUGCCAUACAGCUGAUAUGCUACUUCGUUUCAUUGUUUUUUAAUUCAACACGUUGUACAUAUGAUAAGUCAAUAAUUGUAGGGAGGAAAUUUGAAAUGCGAAAAAAUGUUGCAAAAGAGAAUGAUUCCGUUUGUGCUGCACUCGACUCGGUUUAAGUGCCUACACGUUACAAGAUGCUUUCUUUUGUCAGAUUGCUUUAGUUUCUGCUCAAAUCAGUGGUCAUUUUUUUUUAUUAAUUAAUUUAAUGGUUUAUUGCUCGUAAUUGAAAAUGAAUGAUGAUUUACUUUUUCAGUUAACUGGUUGCCGAGGCCAAUAUUUAAAAUAUUAAUUCUUGCCUUUGGUACCCUUCGUUCCUUUGGAUCUGCUUAAAAGUGCAGUACAUCAGAAAACAUCACAGACUCAUUGUUAAAUGCUGUGAAUAUUUUAUUUUAAUCGCGACUUUUUCAAAUCAUAACUGUGAUAUAAUGUUUUAUCUUCUCUUUUUACCAAUAAUACCAACCACGCUUGGCUCACAAAAGGAUUCGCGAACAAACAAACACCACAGUCCUAUCGUUGCCUCCUCACGCACAAAACAAAUCAAUGUAAUCAAUGUACCAUAAACACAGGCUUCCUCCAAGUCUCAUCAUUGCUCAUCGAAGGCCUUUUGUGAAUAACGUGACGUGCAAAUGAAAAUUUUCCUUCUCCCUCGGGACGCAGACUCCUUUCCUUUUGCCCCAAUUUUUCUACUCAGUCACUGAUUCUAAUCAAAAAAAGUUUUAAAAAGAAACGCAGCCCUGGGGUCAAUUAUUCAAUUUCUCCACCGUCUCGCAAGAGUCCUUUGGCCUUAUUGUGUAAAGUGUGUUAUCGAAGUGAAUGUCUUAAUGUCGUCUCAUCCGUUUUGGCUCUUUUGGUCGGAACACAAACCCUUUGCACAAACAACGAAAGAUCUCGCGGUCACUUUUCACACACUUGUUAAAAUCAAAAGUUACUAACUAACAACUCCUUGCAAACUCUUACCCCCUUGCUUUUGUGAGCCAAGACCAUUCUAAUAAUCAAUAUAUACAUAUAUAUUCGUGAAGCAGCAGAAUUUCUUUAUUAUUGAAAUGCAUUCUUGUAUUUUUUUUAAAAAAAACUGAUGCAAUUGAAAUGCUGAAACAACAAAUCACUGGAGUUUUUAAAAUGAUGUGAUGCUGUAUCUUGAAGAGAAACGAGAAAAAAUUGAAAAAUCAAAAAAAAAAUCUUAUAGUUUAUCAUAUACAUAUAUAUGUGCAAAGGAGUUAAUAUACAACUCUUGUUUAUUUUUAUUUGCAGAACUGACAAGCCAUAAUGUUCUAACUACUGAGAAUGAAAUUGUAUUUGAGUGGCUCAUAUAACUAAAGUGGUAGAUUAAUAAACUGAGAAAAAUGAUCGGCCAGAAUUUGGUCCAACACUCCUCUUCGACCACCUCGCUUAAUGAAAGAGGAGUGCUGCGCUGACUCGACUUGUUUAUUUCUCGAUUGUGGAAGAAGAAAAAAAAGUAGCACGUCAUUAUUGUGAUAGACAUUUUCGAUGGUUUUACAAUCAGUCGCGUGUACAAAGCAGUCGAGUACACCAACACACACUUAUCAUUUUUGUCUUCAAAUCUUUUCAAUGUAUUGUUCUUUUGCAACCACGCGAAGACAGUCACAGACUAAUUAGUUUUUGUCGUUCGUCCAAACCGAGCGGCGACUAAAUAUUUGUAAAGAAAAUCUUCAUCAGAAUAGCAAUAAUUAGAGUUACAUACAAAAGCAAAGGAUGCAAACAAUGGCUGCAAAAUUAUUCAACAUAUAGACGUGAAACAAAAAAUUAUUUGAGAUUCUGGCUGCCAUUUCUGAAGUUGUUUGUCUAUUUGUCAUUUUAUCAUUCCAUCCAUAGGUGAAUUUAAAUACUCCUUUGGCGAGGCCCCUUGAAACAGCCUCGACUCUGAGUCGCGCCCAAGUAUUUGUCGAAAAGUCUUUCUGCUACUUAAUCACGGAAAAACAAAAUGAUUUUUCCCCUGAAAAGCGAAUUCCGAGCGACCCAAGGGGCAGAGGCCAGUUUUUCAAGGGGGCGUGUUGAUGAUAAUAAUAACUUUGUAAUACUAAUGAGAUAUAAUAUGUAUAUUGGAUUGCUGCCUUUGUUCUUGAAGAAUAUGAAGAGAGCUUAGGUUCUAAUUUUUGUACGCCUCAAGCUCUAUACCCCCGUUUUUGCGCGCGCACCCACUUCACAAACACACACACACGUCAUCCCUGAUUCUAUACUACUAUUGUAACCCUUAUUUUAUAUUAUUAGUGUACGCUUAAAGACACAAGGUGUUUUUGGUAUUUGCCUUUGAAUCUUACUGGUGCUAUUGCACCACAAAGACCCCCGUACGAAAAAGAAUUUUAAUUAGAGACUUGUAUUUAAAAUGGGAAAAAAAUAAUGAAUAAUAUAUUAACACAGAGAGAGACAUGUGAAAAAUAUAAUAUAUUGUCUUCCUAGGCUAAAAUUAAUAUGAUGUUAUCAAACAAAACAAACAAAACUGUUUUUGUUCCAACGUUUCACGAUUUCUUGCUGAAUUAGUGGAAAAUUCAAGCAAAGGAAAUUGUUGAUGAAAAGAAAAAUCAAAUCGGAAGGAGAACCUACGACGACGUCGACUCAAAUUGUACUGUAGAUAUUUUCAAACUUUUUUUGAUCAUUUCUAGUGUUGUGUAUAUUCAAAGAUGAAGUGCAUUUGGAAAUUCCUUUUUUUUGAAAAUUUUUAGAGAUUAUUAUCAAAGCUGAUCGAUUUUGCGCGCAUACACAUUUGUUUCCCAUCAUAUAUUUACAAUGUGGUGUGUGUUUUUGAUUAUUUAAAAAAAAAAACGUGGAAGAAAACGGCAUAGCUAUUGCUAUCUCUAGAGACAAAACAUAAAUGAUGAUCAUGUAAUAUGUGCUUUGAAGUGUUCAGUAUUUAAACAGGUAUUUUUACUUUCCUUCCUUAAUAUUGAGAGAAUAUUAUAUUGAAAUUACUGCAUAACCUUGGAGAGUAGAUCCACUCGCGGGGCGUUUCGUGUCAUUCGAGUCUUUUGCCGGCAAACAUGCGCCCCCGCGCGGAAUUUCAAAACGUAAAAUUAGUGGCCAUUUGCAUGUUUUUUAUGUAUCUGCCACUCAAAAAAAUUAUAUUUAAAUGCGAGAAUACAAAUAUUAUUGAUAUGAAUACGUAUUUUUAAGGGGUUUGUCCUUAAAAAGUAGCGAAUCGUUCCAUGUAAAAGAGAGACAAAAAUAAUUUUACCCUAGGGUUAACGUAUCGAAUCAACUUUGUGGCGCAGAACACCUUUUCAAGAGUGGUUUAUAACAAGAAAAAUCGUAUAACCAGCGGUGAUAUAUAAUUAGCUUUGUCAAACAACUAUUAAUUAACACCGAACACUUAUAAAAAGCACACACACUUCACUCACACACGGAAAGGAAUUUUAACGCGUUUGCUCGCAACAACCGGAGCGAAUCAUUGAAAUAAUUUUUAAGAAGUAAUUUUAGUCAAACAUGAAUGUAAUGCCAAACUUCGUCGUGCAUUGAAAUCGUACGUAGCGUAUGUUAAGAGAGAGAAAAAAAUUGUUUUGAGCUGCUUUUGAGGAAGGAGGCCUGUGCCAAAAACAAUAAAUUCAUUGUUCAGAAAAAUUCCGCUUUGUACCGGUCGCGAUUUGCCCACUCGAGAGACACGUUUUUGAAAGGAAGAAUAUAGCUUUUAAUUAUAAAUAAUCGAUUAAGCAAACACGCAAGUGUUUGAAUGAGAUGUACAUACAAACGGUUGUGAGUUUUCCCGCGUUUUCCUGUUUUUAUUUUUCUUCUACUCUGUGUUUGUUAUUAAUGUUUGUAGAAAAAAGCUGGGACUUUCAUCUCAAAACGAGAGUGCAAUAAAAUGUUAGGGUAGGCUUAAUCGUAAUUAAUAUUAAUCGAUUAGCGAGCCGUGUUAAUAAGUCAGAGUCGCCAGCCAGCCUCCCUUUCUUUCAUUCCUACUCCCGUCACAACAAGUGCGGCGCAAAGAUGGCCGCCGCUGGCACCGGACCGCUAUUGGUCCGCUCUCCGCAGACACUCUCUCUCUCUCUCACACACGUUUUUCGACUGUUGAGCGGCGACCUAGCAAUUUAUCGAUAUAAUAAUUAACCAACUCGAAAGUCGGUCCGAAAAAUUUUCAACGUGUGCGUAGUUUUUACUUACAAUGGCCAAAUCGUUCUUGUUGUUGUGUUUUUGCAUAUAUUUAGAACCGUAGCAUUCCAUUUUGCUCUUUUUGUUUCUACGUUUUUUUACAAUUAAAAUGCGUACAAUCGAAGGAAUCCCACUUUGAUUGCGCCGCUAGGAAGGCAGUUUUACAUUAAUGUGUCCUCUAUUAGUCGGUUUUGAAGUACAAAUAAUAUGAAAUCACUAGAAAAAAAUACACGUAAAAAUCGAGUAUAAUAAAAAAACGCAUGUCCCGUCGUCAUCGUUUGCUGAUUUUUCUAUUGAUUAUUGAGAACAUAUCAUACAAGCGCCAAUUGAAACUUGUUUGGAUUUUACUUGGUCGGACGAAAAUAAAACAAACUUUGAAUUCUGCAUCUUAUUAUAUAUUCAAUGAAUGACGUGGGAAGGAAAGAUUUAGCAAAAAUAACUAAGUGAGAGCGAAACAGUUGUUUUUACACGGGGUCAAGCAGUUGCCUUUAGUCCUUUUGCUAAAUGAUAACAAUAAAAACAAUUUUAUUGAAUUGUCGUUGUCGUGUGUAUUUUGAGGAAGCGGCUCGUACGGAUAGCUUUUCUCAUCUGUAGAGUCGUCUCGCGUCGAAUGAAGAAGCCAAUUUUUGAGCAAAACUGAAAAUGAAGCCGCCGCAGUCAAACAUUUCUACUUUUUAGAUUUGGCACUCUCAUAUAUUAUAUAUAUAUACAUUACGAAAAACAACAAAACGACGGAAAUAAUUAAAAAAAAAGCAGAGGUAAUUUCAUGUUCAAGAUUCAGAAGAGAGGAAGUGUUUUUAGCCCUUAUUGGCCUUAAUGUGAUCAAAAAUUAUUGUAAUAUUAUACUUCUAAGAGAACAUUUCAAGCAUAAUACUAAAUAAUAAUUAUACAUUUACCAAUUCUAGCCUUUACACGAUGUUUUUCUCUUAUUGUUCGUUUAUAUACAUUUAACUUUUUUGUGUUUUUUGCGCAUUAUUUAGUGUUCCUUUUCCACGUAUAGUAAUUUGUUUUUUUCAAUCACAUCGUGGACAAUUUAUGAUUUUAGUGUCGUUGCUCAAGGCAUAUUUUUAUUAUUAACAGUAAUGUAAUUACUUGGAAAAAAGAAAACAACAAAACUGCACUUCAACUAUAUAAUAUAAAAUAAAAUGUAAUAAUAUUAUGCAUGCAUAAUCUUUACUAUUGUGUAUUCGAAUGAUGAUGAAUAUUAUACACUCUCACGUCUUUUACAGAAGUGUAAACACACACACAGCUUCCAAAGGAAUUUUAUUGAUGAGAAGAAUGAAUUUACAGAAAUAAAUGUGUGCUAGUCUCUCGGCACUGAUUUGCACCUACACUGUCCUCUUUAUAUUAAUUAUAUUAUACAUAAUUAUAUACAACAACACAUGCUUCUUUGUACAUAGGUGGUAUAAAACGAGAAAACCGUUAGCAGGGCGUAAUUACGUUUAGAUUAGUUGAUUGGAUUGGAGAGUGAACAAGAAAACAAAAAUUAGCUAUUUGCGGUUGAUUAAUCGAUUGGGAUAGAUAUUAUGUAGUGUAAAUAUAAUCAAAGCACAGUUCAGAUCAGCAGUGGAAAAUGAUGCACACACCUCCUUUUUGAGUUUUUUUUU